AUGCUCGUAAACGGAACUCAUCGAUCGAAAAUUAUCCAACAUCGUCGUAAUCGUCAUCGAAAACACAGUACUAACAUGUCAAAAUCUACGAGAAUCAUUCAUGUAUCGAUACGACCACCGCGCCGAACUUCUCCUACGAAUACAACCACAACAAGGUCGCAAAAGAAUACACAACCAAUGGGACCUCGCACUAAUCAACAUUUUGAAGUCCAUCCUUAUUCGCACUCCCUAAUUGGAUCACAAUGCUCUUCAGAAUCAACUGAUAUUCAACAAUAUAUCCACCCUGUUUUCAAAAGAAAUCGAUACACUUCGAAUCGAAUAUCACCUGAUUUCGACGAUCGUUCAGCGACAACAAACAGCAGCUCGAAAGUAACAGAAGCAAAAAUGUUUCAUUCACAUUCAAGUCGUCUUGGUAUUACAAAGGAUCAUCAUGGCUAUUUGGAGCACAAGAGAAAAGCAAAACGCAAGAAAAUAUGCGCAGCUGCAAUACUGGUGAUCAGCUUCUUGUUACUAUUGCCGAUCAUUAUCAUUCCUUCGGUUAUUUUAACACAAAGAAAAACAAAAACAGUUUAUCCUGCCGAGGCUAGAUUGCGUUGGAAUUCAACUGGUAUAACUGUCGCUGGUACUCUCGGGCUUAGCGGUGCAGCUAAUGAUCGCCUAAACACGCCAAUCCAUCUGGCUGUCGACUAUCUUAAUACUAUGUAUAUUGCUGACUAUUCGUGUCAUCGAAUUCAGCGUUGGUUUAGAAACGCAUCAUCCGGUACUACAGUCGCUGGAAAUACGAACUGUUCUUCAGGAACAAAUUUGAAUUCAUUAAAUUACCCGUUACAUAUCCUUCUUGAUUCUGAUAACAACAUGUAUAUAACAGAAUAUAUUAACUCAAGAAUUCUGUUCUGGCCGAAUAAUGCUUCGUCAGGAAAAAUGAUUGCAGGCACUGGUAUUUCCGGUAAUGCGAGCAAUCAGUUGUAUACACCAUUCGGUAUGUCAAGAGAUAUGAAUGACGGUACAGUUUAUGUAGCAGAUACUUCUAAUAACCGCAUAAUGCGUUAUUUGUAUAACGCAAGUUCAGGAACAGUAGUUGCCGGAGGAAAUGGAAACGGAAACAAUAUUUCACAGUUGAAUUUUCCUACCAGUGUGUAUUUCGAAUCAUCGUCGAACAGUCUUGUAAUUGUUAAUUACAAUGGAAACAAUAUUCUUCGUUGGAAAAUAGGUGAUAGCGGAUGGACAUUGGUUGCUGGUAGUAUAAAUGGGACCAGGGGUUCGACAUCGACACUUCUCAGUUCACCAAUUAAGACGACAUUUGAUCCCAUGGGAAAUAUGUACGUUGCAGAUCUACUUAAUCAUCGUAUUCAAUUAUUCUUAUCGGGUGAAGCAAAUGGAACAACUAUUGCCGGUGUUACUGCAAUGUCUGGUAACGAUGCAACGCAUCUGAAUACUCCGUAUGGCGUAGCUUUAGAUAAUCAGCUUAAUUUGUAUGUCGCUGACAGCGGCAAUCAGCGUAUUCAAAAAUUUCUUCGAUAUUGA